GAUAAUAUAUUCAUAUCUCUUAUCAACAAAAACUAAAUAUACAUUUAGAAAUUACAUUCAUUCAUUUUCCCACCUUAUUGUAAAAGGGACAGGUUUUUUUUGGCCUUAAGCAAAGGGAGAUCUGAUUCCAACAUCCUAUCCAGGUCACAUACUUAUCUUCACUACAUCCUUGUGUAUAAAAUGUCAUGCCGGUAGCUACAAAGUUGUGUCCUUCUCGUACUCAAUCUGCACCUUUCCCGAGGGUGCUUCUCUCAGCUUUGCUCUGACAGGAAAUUCUCAGUGGGAGGGGCUACAUGCAGGUAUUUCAGCCAGCACAGAGACCUGACGUGUUUAAGAAAAAGUAAAACAAGAGAAGAGGGAAGAAUUUCACCAAGUCAGAGAAACAGUAAAAGGAGUGUUUUCAGAAGUAGGUGCAAUGAAGUGGCUGGUGAUUUGUGCCCUGAUGGGCAUAUGUUUAAAGGCUGCAGCCUCAUCAGGGGUCCAGGUUACCGUAUUCACAGCGACAUCCAAGACCAUGAUUCUCAGAUGGACCAGGUACGAAGGAGCCACCUCAUACAAGAUCACCGUCGCCCCACAAAGCUCACCAAGCAACCCCAUUGCUUUUGCUACGUUUGGUCCGAACACAGUGAUGGGCUCCAUCAACUCUCUGUCUCCAAACAUCUUGUACACAUUCACAGUGGAUGCUCUGGAUAACUCCCAAGGAACGCUGAGUUCUGCAGCCAUAGAGUCUUCAACAGCCCCUGAGAUGAUGGAUCCUAUCCAAACCGUGAAGCCGAAGGACAGCAAGACUUUGAUGGUCGAGUUCAGCUUGAAGACUGGGGCGACUAGUUACGUCAUUCGAAUCCAGAACAACAAUGGUUUCAACAGAGAGGACACUGUGUCCUCGUCCCCCACUGAGAUUCAAAACCUCACUCCGUACACCGAGUACACUCUCAGCAUCAUGGCUGUGAACGCAGGAGGCCGCAGCCAGCCGUCUAGUCCGGUGACCGCAAAGACAGUUUUACCUCCUCCUCAGCUGUCUGCCUCCUCUCCCAGCAAUGACAGUAUCACUGUGUCCUGGUCCCCCGUCGCUCAUGCCGUUCGGUACUCUCUGACUGUGUAUAAGUUUGGCUCCAACAGCGACAUGAAGCACAACACCUCCAGCACCAGUUUGACCAUCACUGGCCUGGACGCUGGCUCGCUUUACAUCAUCAGAGGUUUCGCCUGGGACAUGGAGGGCCGACGGGGAGAGGGAAGUCUGUACAUCAACCAGACAACACGCCCUCCAACACCAUCUUCUGUCAACGUCUCCAUGGUGAUGAGUAAUGGAGUGGCUGGACUCACUGUGUCCUGGGAGCUGGAUCAAGAGGUUCAUGGAUCCAUUGAGUACAACGUGAUGAGCGACCAGAACCUGGAGUGUAACAGCACGUCCAGCUCCUGCGUCCUGUCACCAGUGAGCUGUGGAGAGGUGCACAGUAUUCAGGUCACUCCUUCAAAUGAGGCCGGGCCCGGGUUCCCAACUUACCCCACCAUGUUCAUCACCUACCCCUGCCCUCCAGAGUCACUGGCUCUCAUAGAGUCACCAGAAGAAAACUGCACACUGACGUGGGACAGUGUGGCGUACGCUGACAGCUACCAGGCCUUUAUCAAGCGAGGAGACGGCAAGGAGGAGACCUGCAACACCACCACCUCCACCAACUGCACCUUCCACUGCCAGUGUGGCUACACAUACCUGAUGUCCACGUUUGCAUUCAACCAGGCAGGCAGCAGUCCUGAAGGAGAGAUCUUCAACCACACCACCGUGCCCUGUUGUCCAGAGGAUGUAACUGUCUCUGUGGUGAGCACUGACACUCUGGAGAUCAUGUGGAAGGCCUCACGUGGGGCGGAGCUGUACGAGACCCGGGCUGUGGACAGUUCAGAGAUCAUCCUGUGUAACGACACGGCACCUGUGUGCGCCCUCUCCGACCUCAGCUGUGACCGCUCCUACAGCGUGGUGGUGACACCCUGUAAUGACAUCAGCGGGUGCAACCGUGCAUGCAAGACUCACACCAAAGACACAGCUCCCUGCACACCCACAAAUCUGGUGCUGAAUCCUAAGAACUCCUCAUGUGUCAGUGUGAGCUGGACGGCAAACAACAGAGCCGCCACUUACACAGUGAGCGCCAUGGGAAAUGGCGACAGACACAACUGCACCACCAGUGGAAACAGCUGUGACAUCACUGAUCUUCCCUGCGGCUCCACCUACGAAGUCAGUGUCGUAGCAGCCAACGCCGCGGGCCAGAGUUUACCCAGCUUCUCUGACUCUCUGGAGACAGAGCCCUGCUGCCCGCUGAGUCUCACCGUGGAUCAGGUGACUCAGGCCAUGUCCAACGUCUCCUGGUCUCACGCCAAAGGGGCACAUUCGUUCAUCACCUCUCUGACAUCACCACGUGGCCACGCCCGUUGCCACACCCAGGACUCACACUGCCUCAUGGGAUGCAUCACCUGUGGCACCAACUACACCGUCACAAUGGAGGCGUAUAGUCACAGCGGGCGGAGGUCCAACUGCAGUUACGAGGGCUUCUCGUCCAGUGCAUGCUGUCCAUCAGGUGUCAGGCUCUACAAGACGGCCGGUAACUCUGUGCGAGUGCACUGGCGUAACGCCGGCAGCCACAGCUACGUCACAGAGAUGACGAGCACAGACAACAACUACAACUGCACGGCGUCUCCUGGAGAGAACAGCUGUGACAUCAGCGACAUCCAGUGUGGGGGCGUUUAUGAUGUGGUGGUGGCUCCGCUAACAGCAGAGGGCAGCAAAGUCAUGUUCUGCCCAAAGAGACUCUACUGGGUCACUUGUUCAGGGAACAACAUCAGCACAGUGAUCUACAGAGGAAAGAGAAGCUUGGACUAGCAGAUCGUUACCUCUUCUCUCUUGACGCUACAAUACUCUUUACAUCCUCAUCUUCCUCCUCCGUAAUCGUGAAGCCAAACCUGAACUGAACUGAAGACAAACCGUUAAAACGAAAGAACAACUGAUCCAUGCUGAAAAAAUGACCACCUGAAAGUAUGAUGAAUGUAAAACCCACUAUGUCCUCAACAAUCAUGAUCAAGCACUUUAAUUAAACAUUGAAAGCACAGUCAGGAAUCAUCAAUAAAUAGAAUUUUUUUCCCCUCAGAAAAAAAUCCUGAUCAUCAAUCAUCAUAUGGAUUUGAUGAAUGAAUAAAGUUUUCUAUGAAAAAGUGUCUAAUCCUUAAACAACUAAGACUACAUUUGUUUGCUAUAAAAAUAUAUUAAAGUCCAAUUUAGGCCAUUUAAUUAAAAUGAAUUGAAUUUGUCCCAAAUGUCUAUUAAUUUCAAAGUAAAACCCUAAAUUAUCAAUUUGUUUUAAAAUGAAACAGCAAAACAGUGACAUGAAAUUUCAAAAGUCUAUGAAAGCCAUUACUCCUCCAUUUGAAGAGUUUUAAUUGAAGAUUCAACCAAAUUCAAACUAAUGUUGUAGCUUCGCCCCAAGCAGGAAGCCUCCUGAUGAUCAGUGGCAGCUGUGUUUCUCAUCAUGUGUCUCCUUGUAGUCAGCACUGUCUACAGUGAGCUGUUGCUUUUUAUCAGGAUGUAUUAACUGGAAUAUGUCUCACUGUGGUUUCCUUCACCUGAUGCAUAUUUCACUUAAUAAAAAAAAUACCCAGCA